GCAGGGAGUCUUGGCCCUGCACCAACGCAAACCACCUCACCCCCACCACAACCACCACCACCACCACCACCAGCGGCUCCUCCUACUCCCCGGCAAACAGCACCUGCAGCAGGGCCUCUGACGGGACGCGCAGCCCUCGACGAGUCAUCUCCUCCAAGACGAGCAGCCUGGAGAGUGUGGCUGAGGGGCGGAGAAGCCGAGGACUCAGCCCCAACCCUACCUCAAGCCCCAGACGUAGCACCGCCAGCCCCAUCUCCCUCCGCACGGGCUCCAGGAACAGCUCGCUCGGAAACCUCUCGUGGGGAAGCAGCGAGAAUGUGGGGCGGCGGUCGGCGUCGUCUGUGGAGGGCAAGGGAAGCGAUGGGGGCGACUGGGACUCCGGCGUAGACUCUGUGACUUCCAAGAUGGUGCUUAUUAAGUGUAAGGAUGCCAACUACCUGACCCGUAUCUACCUCGACCGUGAAGGAAUUCAUGCCCUGAAGAUCGUCGGGCGCGUUGGAGUGGGCGGGUCCGCGCCAGACCACGUGAUGAGCGAGGCCCAGCCCGGCCACGCCCACCUCCUCCACCACCAGCCCAACGAUGACGUCACCAAGUUCACCGGUGACGUCAGCGGCCGAGACAACCAGUCGGCGAGCGUGAUAAGCCAAGCCACCGACGGGGAGUUCGAGCACGACACGGCCGAUUACCAGUGGCUCCUCGACUAUGAGCUGCCCUGCGUUAGGUAUCGUGAGAGUUACAGCCGAGAGGUGGGCCCGACGUCUCUAUCCUCGACGGGCAGGGAUGGUUCAGGCCGCGUCUCUGUCCUUGAGGCGAGUCGCGGCCCCCUCCAAGACCUUUCGUACGAGACGCUGGCCAGGAAUCUUGACGCCAAUCUCGCCGAAAUCGACAUGGAUGACUUCCACAGUGAGGACAUCCACAAUCUUCUCACUCUGCCGACCAUGUGUGGAGAGUUUCAGAGUGCCGGAGACGGGGAGAUGUUCGCCAGCGUGUCGGGUUCCAUGAUGAACAAAAUCGACCUGGGGGCCUCCGUCAGCCCCCAUGCGUCCUCCCACUGCGACGAUGAAGACGAGGACGGCGAGUACAAGGAAGAGGAGGAGGAGGAGGAGGAAGAGGAAGAAGAAGAGGAGAGCUGUGACAGGAGGGACGACGAAGAGUACAGCGGGGUGAGCGGCGACCUGUCCCUGUACCAGUCCGGGCCGCUGUUCUCGCCCCUGAAAGAGCCGCCGCCCCUCGCCAACACCACCUUCAGUGUGGACUCCCUGGACUGCGACUCCCUGCACGACGACCUCAUCCUCACGUGCCAGGCCAACAAGGAUAACUACACCAUUGCCUUCGAGGGGUCCUUUGUGCAGUACUCAGAGGACUCCGACUACCAUGAAGCAGAGAGCGAGUCAAGCGGCAGCAACCACUGGUCCACGGAGAGGCUUGAGGGCCGCAACUCCGCCCCCGCCAUGACCCACUCAGACCAGCCCUACACCACCUGGUCCAGGGUCGGUCGCCGUGCCUCCCGCACGCCUGAGGUGCCUUCCAGAGCCAUGAGUGGCCAGCAACAGGCGGCAGGGGCGGCGGAGGCCACGAGGACAUCGGACCAGAACCAGGCUAGCACCAAGAGUAACAGCAUGCCCAACCUGAUGCGCCGCUCGCUGAUGCGCCGUUCGCUGGAGGCGUCCGGCGGUUGCGUGAAGGUGUUUGACCUGCAGAACAGCAUGCGCUCCAGCCAGACCAGCAAGAUCGCUGGGGAGACCAACAACUUCUCGCUGGUGAAGCUGUUCAUGCGGCAAAAGAGCCUGAGCAAGGAGGCAGUGAGUUUGUCGUCCAGCAUCUCACAGGAGGGGCCGUGCUCCAGCUCCGACAACCAGUCCAACGUGCACGACUCCUCGGACUGGCCCAUGAACAGCCAGUCAGAAAAUGACAUGGACGGCAGCGCCUCGCCCGUACCGCCUCCAACCCUCAUGCGGCAGAAUGGCGUCAUCUACCACCACCACCACCAUCACCACCACCACCACCACCAAGAGCGAGGCUUCAGGCGCCGCACUGGCUCGCUGGGCCACGACAUGACGCCGAGGACCAACCAGCAGCAGGAGUACAGCUCGCCGGACCACAGCACCACCACCAGCGACACCUUCACCAACAACACCGCUAACACACAGCAACAGCAACAACAGCAGCAGCAGCAGCAGCAGCAGCAGGACGGAAUCAUCAACAACAACAACAUAAUUACGGCUGCAAACCAUCCGCUGGACAACACCGGCCUCACGCUCACCAACACCAUGGACAACGUCACCAGCUUCGAGGACAGCCUGAAGGAGACCAACCCGUGCUCCAAGCCGCCCGUCACCAGCCCCAUCCGCGAGGAGCCAGAGGGAAUGGACAUUUCGAUGGACAGCCGUGGUGAGAGCAAGGUGCUGCUGGACCAGUCAGAGAAGGAGACUAAAAUCAUGCACGAGGUCUUGCGGCUGCGGGACAAACUUAACAUGGAGAAGAACCACAUCCCCGCCAAGGCGUCGCAGAAGGAGAAAAACAACAACAGAAAUAACUUUAACAACUUGUUGGGUGAAGAACACAAGCGAGCACAGUCCCCAGGUGCUUCCAAAAAGGCUGGUGCCGCCGUGGUGGUCGCUAACAACAACAACAAACGAGAUGGGUCUGGCGCCACGUCCAUGCGGAGGCGCCAGGACUCUGGGAACUCUUCCAGCGGGUAUGCGUCCAACAGGGGCUCGACCGAAAAGAUCAGGCGACCGUCAGACUCAGACCCUAGCAGCGUGUCGCAGCAGAAGCCUCGCCCCAAGCCAAGGGUGAUGAAGCAGAUGUCCGACCAGUGCCUGCAGACUUCCAACCUGAAGGUGUCGGCGAUGGUCAACACAAGCUUCAACGUAGAGAAGAAGGAAGUGUACGUGUACUACCCCAACUACGCACUGCCAGACCUCGGCUUCCUCAAGGACAAGAAGUACAACAUUGACGCCCGAGUGUUCCUGGUGCCACAACACUACACCGCCCGCCCCGACGAGGCACGGCGAGGCAAGGAUUCCUCCAAGCUGCGACGACCCUUCUCCUGCGGCGACAUGGAGAAGCUAAAGAAGCACGGCUUUGGCCACAUCAAGGACUGGGACUCCCUCAACUUCCUGCUACCAAAAGAACUGAAAGAAAUGCUUCUCGAUGAAACUGAGUGCAUGGAGACCACCAAGCCUUCCUUCUGUCAGUCCCCGAAGCCUUCCCGCCGCCCCGCCAGUGCAGACUACUCCCUGCAGCAGAAGUGUUCCCAUGACAUCAUCAAGGCGUCAGCCAGCAACAGCAGCCUCAACUCCACCCAGCCGUCGUCAGGCUACCGAGGCUCCUCCACCAUGCUCAACGACUCAGAGGGCGAGAACGGCAGCAGCAGAUUUGAAAUACCAACAGACGCUGAGAGCACAGAGAAGCCGCCACCCCUGCCCAAGCGCUCCAUCUCUCUGCCCGUAGAGGAGCGCCAAGACUCUGAGGAUCCAGACACGCCCCCGCCUCGGCCGCCGCUUCCGAGAGGAAUUCUAAGGAAAUCCUCAUCACUUAAGGAUGACGGAAGCAAAGGCACCACUAACAAGAGGUUCAGUGCUAUUGAGUCCGGUAGGGGCGGCAUGCGGGAGGACCUGCUCAAGAGAAGGUCGCUGCAGGAGCCUAUGGAACACAUGGCUCACCGCGUGUCCCGGGACACCAUCCCCGAGGCGGCUCCCAGCAGUGUGCCUCACGAGGGCGAGGAGGAGGUGCCUCCCAGCCUGCCCUCCCCCAUGGGCUGCAGCUGCGUGAGUCAGUGCACAGGCUUCUGCGGCAAAGGUCUCCAGAAGAAAAACCUACUAAGAGUGAGUGAGCUGCCAGAUGUGUCCAGUCACGAAGACCUGACGGAGGACGACCUGCUGCGCAUCCGAUCUCAAGUGAGCAACUUGUUGGUGGCGCGUGGCAGCGUGGGCUCACUGCUGACAGACGGGGGUGCUGCCUGCGAUCUCUGCCCCAAGAAGAGCGUCAGCUUCGCGGAGAAGAACCAGUGCUUAGAAGGCGGCGGCGGCGGUGGUGGGGGCAGCGGCGGCGGUGGUAGUGGCGGAUCUCCCAUCGGUGGUGAAGGUGCUGGAGUGGCUACGGAAGACGAGGCCAGACCGAUGGUUUACGACGCCCACGACAAGAAGACUCUGGUGCUGUCCGUGCGCGCCGCUGUGGAGAAGCUGGUCACGCAUUUCUCCACAGGCACACAGCAGGAGAAGGUUCGACUAGGCACGAGCGCGAUGACCCCGGCCGUGGCGCAGCUGGCCCUGGACAAGCUGUGCCCUGCGGUGUACGCCCUGCUGAGUGACGGCCUGCACCCUUCCCUACAAUCCCUCUUUGGCAAAAUUAACAACUCUGUGUGGCGCGUUAUUGAAGUCACGAGUCAGAUCAGCCCCUCCACCAAGGCCCUCAACGACCUAGUCCUCACCCUGAACAGCGAGGAGUGUCUCUCAGAGGGACCAAUCAAGUUCAACGCCUUCAUCUUUGGCCUCCUCAACAUCCGGUCGCUGGACUCGUGGCUGGGUUACCUGCGGACGAGGGAGAGCGUCAUCCAAAAGCACUACCACCCCGAGGCCUUCCUGUACCUGGCCAACACCGCCACCAAGUCCCUCUACGAUGACCUGCUACUGUCGUUGCGGCCUCUCGCCCUGCUGCCCUUCAACCUGGACCUGCUGCACGAGUACAAGGCUCUGCACGCCAGCUUGCAGAAGAUGGAGGAACGCCUGCUGCUCCACACAGGCUCCAAAGAAAGUCCUGGUGAUCGUCCGCCAUCUGUUCUCGACCUCCACUCCAAGGAGACGAAGGAGUUCAAGAACGCCGCCCAGCAGGACCGCGUCAAGGCACUCAUGAGGGUGCUCGCCUCGCCAGAACUCGACGAGCACGAACUCCUGCACUCCACGCUGGACCACUCGCGGGAUAGAAGCCGCAGCCCGCGCCCGCGCUCCUGUUAUGACCAUGUGACAGGGGAGGAACUCAGCCCCGCACAACGCAAGCGCUGGAGCGGCGUCCAGCUCGGCUCACGACUGCUGACAGCCAUCGACAAGCUAAUGCUGGAGGAAGCCGCUGGCACCUCUAGCGAGGACUACACUGACUCCAUCGACAACCCGAAGAGUGGGCGGUCAUCGGGACCGCGGCGGGGCAGCGUGGGCCUCAACGACGACCUGCCGUCAGACCUGAGGAUCAGCGACGUGUCGAGCCGAGACGGUGACGUGAGUGAGCGGUCAGCCUCUGAAAAGGACACGGAGAACGAGAAGGGUGCGAAGGCGUGUGUUGAGAGUGAGCGAGAUGAGGAGCCUGAGGGCGUCAGGUUCCGGCGACUACAACUCAAAUGGGAGCAGAUGGCCAGCCCUGAGAAGAAGCCUGCCAAGGCACAGCAGCAGCAGCAACAGCAGCAGCAGCAGCAGCAGCAGCAGCCGCAACAACCACCACAGCCACAGCCACCUCAGCCCGAGAAGUCCAUCAGCCCCAGCAGCGGCAGCAGGUCCAGAAUACCGCGGCCUGUGAGCAUGACGUCCCCCCAGCGACCUUUCAAGGCCUUCGACCCCUCCAAGGAGAAGACGUCGCCGCAGGUCAAGCAGCCCCCGAAGUACGUCCCGGCGUCCCCCAAGGAGCUGCCCAAGCCCGCCCCGCGACGCUCGCUAAAGGACAAGGCGGCGUGCCAGUCCCCGGCGGGCGACGAGCAGGGAGGCGCCGUACGCCCUCCCUCGGUGCGCUCUCGCCUCGCCCCGCGCCCCACCUCCAUCUCCAAUAACAUGGUGCGCGCCUCCUCAGUGCCUGGCCGCGUCCCCGCCUCGGCAGACAAGAGCAGCAGCCCCAGUGGCAGGUAUGAGGGCCAGCGUAGGUAUGGUGGACAGCCCAGGUCAGCCAGCCACGGGAGACGCGUGACGCCUGGAGACUCCCCCAAGUUGGUCCAAACGCUUCACCACCGCCUGGCCACUGACAACGGGCACCUCAGCUUCAAUCGCGGCGACAUCCUGACGGUGGUGGUGGAGGUGGACGACCGCUACCUACUGUGCUGCCACAACGACAGGAAGGGCCUCGUGCCGCGCGCUUCUGUCAUCAUCCACGAGGAAUAGGGACGGUGCUGAGCGGGGCGGGGCGGGGCGGGGUAGGGCGAGGACUGCUGCCCACUUGCCUGCCCGCCUGCUUACCCCGCGUCGCCGACCCCCGCGUCCAGUGAAGCAAGACUAUUGGUGAUCAUCUCGGACGAAGUGUAGCUUUUUUUUUUCACCCUUUUCGUCCUGUCUCGGAGGCUAAACACUGACGCACUCAUUGUCAUUGAUUUAUCCAUUCCAUUACUUAUUUAUAUUUACACGUAAGACCGUUUUUCCAUAGAUUCACUGGGCCCAGAAGCGGGUGGUUCGCUACUAAGGCUCUCUGGAGGCUGACGUCUCUAAGCUGUUGAAGUAAUGAAGCUCGGUGGAAAGCUUGAGAUUAAAUAAAGUAAAAUAAUGGAGGUAAAAGGAGAACAGAGUGAUGCCAGUACAUAUAUAUAGCUUAUAAGACCUUUUAUAUGCUACUCACAAAAACCUUUCCCCUCCCCUCAUCAAAAAAAGCUUAAAAAAAAAUCUUUAUUGACAACUUGUACAUGAUUUUGAAGUGACAUUAUCCACCCUUUGCACAUGCCUCCCCCACCCCUCCUCCAUCCCACUACCCUGCCUUCUCUUACCGUGUUAUAGCGACUACUACUACUACUACUACUACUACUACUACUACUACUACUACUACUACUACUACUUCCAUAACGAAAUUUCUCUAGCUGUUGAUAAAUUCGUUAAUGGAAACUCUCUCUCUCUCUCUCUCUCUCUCUCUCUCUCUCUCUCUCUCUCUCAGGUGCAGGUGACUAUAUUUCAUUACCUUAUCCUUUUCCUUCAUUGCAACAAACCCUGUACUCCCUCUCUCUUUCCUCUCCUCGCCGUGCCUUUCCUCCCUUCUCUUCUUUUGUUUUCCCUUGCUAUGCGACACUCGACAAAGAUGUUCAAGUCUCCGUGUUAAAAAGAGUUAAGAUCCAGGCAGGAAUGAACACCGAAGCGAGAAAAUGAAGUCCAGAAACGUGCGUGCGGCAGUUUCUUGUUCGUUUGUUGAAAGUUAUUACCGUGGGUGUGUGUGUGUGUGUUGUUGUUUUUUGGGUGUUCUCUAUCCGAGGUUCCGUGUUUGUAUUCUUGUGGCAACGUGUAUGUGGAGAUGAUAUAGCAAGUGGUAAUUAAAGGUGGUAUUGUGAUAUUGUUUAGUAAGGGAAGCUACACAUACGUAACUGCUUUGCUGGGAGAAAAUUGGAAUAGUUUAAAGAUCGAACUGAAAUGAAGCUAGUAAUAAUGAGUUGAAAUGGAGACAUGAAGGAAAACUGCGAAUUAUUUUAAACUACGCGUGUGAAGGUUGCGUCUGCGGUACGAAUGGAGCGGUGGGUUCCUCGUGUUACUUGACUCACGCACUCAACUCGCUUCUCUCUCUCUCUCUCUCUAUCUCUCCUAUCCGCUUACCUACUCGUCCGUGCUUGCUCACUCCUGGCAUAACUCGUUGGUGAGCACGAGUUCGCUGUCCAUAUACACAGAAAACACUUCAUGUACUCUGUAUUAGUGCAUGAAACUUAUAUUUGUUCAUAUCUCACACACUCUUUUCUUUCUGUAAGUAAAUGCAUAACUCGUAACUUCUCACUCUUCCCUUUUUUCUAUUUUUUUUAAUCAGUAAAUGUAAAACUUGUACUAUAUCUUUACUUUCUUUAUCCUCUUCUACCUCUUCGGUAUACUCGUAAAUGGAAGACUAGCUUACACUUCUCUCCCUCGCUUAUCUCCUUCCUCCACUUCUCUUCCCCACCACAGCCCUCAGACCACGGCACUCGCCCCCAAGCCUUGUCCAAGCUGUGUCAUCACGCUCCUCUUUUCUGUGUCAAGUUCACGUUUGUUUAAAAGCACGUGUCACAUUUGCGUUGUCUCAGAAUGCAAAACUGUUCUACUGUAAUUGUGAGUAGUUUGGGUGGGAGUUUGUUGUGAUGACGGAGUUUGAGUGGCCGGCAUCGUCAUCACUGUCACCACCAUCACCACCACCGCUGCCGCCACUGUCGCCACCCUCAGUGUGAAAAAAGAAGAAAUGGCUUGUGACUCUGAUGGGUUCAUUUGAGAGAGACUGGCUCCUCCUGCACCCUUUAGCACACGUUUUUUUCAUCAUUUCCUCAGUAGUCAGCACUUAACGACUUGUUGAGCUGAAGUAGUUGUUAAUAUAAGUACGGUUGCCUCACCCAAAGACUUAUUUUUGUACUCACAGUAUCUUGAACAUGAUCUUUUUUUCGUAUAGUUAAUUAUCGUCACUAGAGUCCCCUGUGUUAUUUCGGAUUUUGUUUAGUUUUCCUGCUUCUCAGUGUGUAUUUUAUAACGCACUAUUCAAUUAAAUCUUUCCGAAGCUUCAAAGAGUGAUGAAAGUCUUUGGGUAAGCGGUAGUCGUGCGUGAUUGGGUCUGUCUGUCAGCCCGCCUUGUCUAUCCAUCUGUCUCGCCUGUCUGUCCCACUCCCUCUGUCCUCAACACCCGCCAGCCAGUCGCUCUGGGGUGACACGGAAAGUAAGGCCGAGUAUACUUGGUUAUACUAUUUGGAACUUACUAACUGUCUCUCUUUAUCCUUAACUACCUUUUGGAUCCUUUGGUUUCCCAUGCAUGCUUCCCCAGGUUGUGUGUCUUGUUCCCACUCCUUGGUUUUAUUAGUCCUAGGUUAGAUCUUUUUUUGGUGUGAUAUCUUCCCAUACUUGUCCUUGGUGCUUGUAGUUAGCUAGGCAUUUCUUCUCCGCCUCGGGAACUUAGUCGUGCAGCCUGUUUCCCUACCCUGCCUGAGUCCUCGGUUGUGUUGUUUCCCUGUUCUGUGAUAUGUUUAUAGGUUAGACUUUUUUUUAUCAUUCCCUUCACAUACUUGCCCUCAGUGUUUGUUAGUCAGCUAGGUUUUUCUUCCUCCACUCCCCGGGAACACAGCGCAGCCAGAGUGUCAUCGUCUUAGGUGUUCCAUUUGGUAUAUACCUGGUCGUCGGCCGCCACCCGCAGGAUCGCCACGCGUCAGUCCGGCAACGAUGAUGUUCGCCGCACGCCCACCAGCCCCUCCACGCAGCCAGUCACAGUGGUCUCAUCUUCUGGAGAACGCACCUGAUUGGCUGACGUAGUGGACAAGGUGGACAGACAGCUGGCAUUUUCGUAUCCUGACUACAGCUGAUGAUCUGACUGGCGGUGCUGAUCGGCUGAAGGAAGAUGAACACGAGACACGAAGACACGAGCGGCUGUCGACUUCCCAUUAUGUUUUUCGGCUUCAGAAACGAAAGGAAAGGAAUGAUGAGUGACACGUGAACCGCCGAGAAGGAGAGAGAAAAUUCGCAAGGCUUUACUGACUAGCACACCACCUUUCUACGCAGAGAUACAACCCAAAGCAGUUCGGUGAUGAAUGUUACGCUUCCCACGAGGUAAUGAUUCACGGUUGCGCCACAGUUUGCUAGCGCACUCGGAGCACAAUGCUGCGUCGACGGUAAUGAUAUAUGUCACUGCGUUUCGUUCCGCCAUGACACUGGAAAUAACUACAUUCAAUCAUUGAGAAUCGCUAGAAAUGAGCAACAGUAGAAAUACCUCACGUUGUGCCCGACGGUUGUUGCUCUUGGUGACCAGCCGCUACUAUUGUAACUACUUAAUUAUCUACUUCACGGAGAUUGACUGAAAGGAGCAGCCACUAACUCUUAGAAAGUCUCAUAAUUACUCCUCUGCAUAUAUAUAUAUAUACACUACUUAGCGAAUCAUGAGUUGUAACUACAUAUAUAUACGCGUACAACAAAAUAUAUCAAUGCCACUUGUGAUAAAAUGGUCGGGAGGCGAGACUUUUACGUAACUGGGACUCGAGUACUCGUAUCUCUUCUCUGUGGUUCGCAGAUUCACGGAACAUUGAGGCAGAAGAAUCUUGAACUCUAUAAUAAACGACUCGACUCGCUCUCUGCUCCUGCCAACCUGACUUUUAACACUUUUACUCUGUAGCAUUAGUCCAACCUUUUUGCCUCCUGUAGGUGUGACCUUAGCGCCCCUGUGUUGUAGUUUUAGGAACACCCACCCACUCCCAUCUUCACUCAUUUUCCGCCACGGUUGCACAAGACGACUACCGUAGCGAUAUUUUCGGAUACUUUUUUUUUUUUUUUUUUUUUUUUCCUCCCCAACCUUUUCCAUCCGUUCCUUCCCAUUUCCCGUCCCCUUCCCUCGCCUCUCCCCCGCGCACAUGUACCUACGUACGUAGCCGACGUUCCACAGUCUUAGAGAGUAAGUCUGUGUUUAAUCUCCUCGUGAUGUAUAGAUGCCAUUUCUCUGAGGCAGGUGUAAUUAUAUCGUGUGAAGAGGUCAUCUCGGUUUGACGCAUCUUGCUUUUCGUGUACGUAUGUAUGUAAUCAACAGUAAGUGCAUUAUUUUUUCUGUACAUUUUGAUGGCUUUGUUACUUUUUUCUGUUGCUGUCUCGCCCAGAUUGUGUGGGCUAGUUUUAAACAAAAUAAUCAAGUCAGAGAAAAAAAGAUGAAAAAUAAUCAUUAUCAUGGAGGUGCCUAUGUCUUAUUUCUCUAUAUUUUCGUAUGACCAAAGAAAUGCUUGAAACUUUUUGAAAUUUGUACAUUUUGUGUAGAUUUAAAAACAAAAUGGUAUGAACGAUAAUUUUGUAGAUAUUUCCUCGAUGAACGAAAAACUUACAUUUGGUUAAGGCUUUAAUGUAUCAUAAUAUUUACGUUACAUAAACCCAUUGCUGAUCAUGUUAUAGUCCUUUAUUUUAUUUUAUUCGCCCACGCUCAACGGUCAGUCCCGGCAGCAGGUACUAACGCUGCUUGGCGACUCCCUGAUUGACGAGACACUGACUGGCCAGUAUAAACUCCUCAAUAUAACCCGCACCCUUGACAGCCCGUCGUAGCGGCCAGCCAGGCGUCCUCAGCGAGUCUUUCUCCUCAGUCAAGCAAACAUGAAAUUCACCUUUUUGUGUUAAGUUAGGUCGAAAAAUCUACUCCCGGAGCCCGUCAAGUGGCCCUGCAUGUCUGUACUGUACUGUCGGAUGACGAACGCAGCAUAUCUUGGUUUAAACUAUUCACUGCUCUAUUACUAUGGUGAAUAAAUAUUGGUCAGGUAAA